UAUCAUGUCAAGACAGAAAAUGCAAUUGCGUGUGCGUUAAGGAUUAAGGUGGAAACAGGAGUUGGUGGGGAGAUAUAUCUUCAACCAGCGGUCCUCGGAAAGAUUAUCACUCGCCGUUCAGCGCUCAUCCACAAAGGAUUCUGAAUUAUCGAACCAGAAAAUGAACUGCACUUAUGUGGCGCUAUUUUUCAUAGUAUGCGCAUUAUGGGUCUUCGGAGAAACUUUAUCUUGCGAACAGUGUGGCAGAGAAUGCGCCGAGAAAUGUGGAACACGACAAUUUCGUGCUUGUUGCUUCAACAAUAUGAAGAAAAGACAAUUUGAUCUUGGAUUAAAACGGAGUAUGAGACCACAAUUGUAUACGAAUUGGUUGUAUCCGAAUAUCGACAUGUACUGAUUAUUUGUCAUAUAUUUUGUACUUCCAUGCCGGUAUGCUUCAUCGAGACAAGAAAAGUGUUAUGUACUCAGGGAUAAUUACUUCAAUUAUUGUUAUAAAUAUUUUUAUUUUGCAAUGUCGUUGUUCUAAAUAAUUAUAUUUAAUGUACCAUAAUUUUCUUACGUUAUCAAGUGCAAUAAAUUAAAUAUAUCGAACACUUUAAA